AUGCUGGGGGAUGAGCCAGCCCGAAACGUCCCGCGGGAUCCCGGGGGGCUGUGCUGCUGCCAUGGGCUUCGCGUGUCCACGGGCACCCGGAUCCUCUACACGCUCCUGCAUGUCCUGGCCUCCGCCGUGUGCUGCCUCAUGCUGUCCCGCACCGUGGCCCAUGCCGUCAGGGAGAAGGUGCCCUUCUCGGCGGUGCUGUGUGAACACCUGCCCGGGGGCACGGACUGCGAGCGGCUGGUGGGCUCCUCGGCCGUGUACCGCGUCUGCUUUGGCACCUACUACACCCACCCGGCCGCCUGCCACCUCAACAAGGCGCUGCUCACUGUCAACGGCAGCCUCUGCGGCAUCAUGUCCUUCAUCUCCAUCACGCCCUGUGUGCGGCUCAAGCAGCCGCGGUCAGGGCUGCUGCAGUCCUCAAUCAUCAGCUGCUACGUGAUGUACCUCACCUUCUCGGCACUGUCCAGCCGUCCCCCAGAGAGAGCCUGGCACUACACAGGCAUCUGCGGGGGCUUUGCCUUCAUCCUCAUCCAGCUGGUGCUGAUCACCGCCUUCGCGCACACCUGGAACAAGAACUGGCUGACGGGCGCUGCGCAGGACAAGCGCUGGUACCUGGCCGUGCUGCUGGCCACGGCCGCCUUCUACACCCUCGCCUCCGCUGCCUUCUCCUUCCUCUACAAGUACUACACCCACCCGGCCGCCUGCCACCUCAACAAGGCGCUGCUCACUGUCAACGGCAGCCUCUGCCCCGUCCCCCAGAGAGAGGAGGGGGCUCCUGCCUGCCGCCAGCAGCCCCCCCUGCCCCAGGGCACGCAUCCAUCUCACCUCUGCCUCCCCGCAGUGCUCUACAAGGGGCAGAACCUCACCGUCUGCUUCCCAGGCAUCCGGCAGGACGAGCUGCAGACGGAGGACACCACCGUCGCCAUCCUGGGGGCCGCCAUCAUGUACGCCUGCGUGCUCUUCGCAUGUAAUGAAGCCUCCUACCUCGCCGAGGUCUUCGGGCCACUCUGGAUGGUCAAGGUCUACAGCUUCGAGUUUAAAAAACCCUCCUGCUGCUUCUGCUGCCCUGAGAAGAUGGAGGAGGAGCUGAGAGGCACUGAGCAGACAUGCGAACAAGCGGAGGAGGCUGCUGGGAGACAGUGCAUCAUCCAGGAUGAGCGAGACCGGGUAGUCUACAGCUACUCAGCCUUCCACUUCGUCUUCUUCCUCGCCUCGCUCUACGUCAUGAUGACCCUCACUAACUGGUUCAGCUACGAGAACGCGGUGCUGGAGACCACCUUCACGCAUGGCAGCUGGUCGACCUUCUGGGUGAAGGUGUCCUCCUGCUGGGCCUGCAUCCUGCUCUACCUGUGGCUGGUGCUUAGCCCCCCCCGCCCCCGCCGCCCCCUCUGCCUCCGCGGCUCCCCUCAGCACCAGCGCAGCAGCCCAUCCCUCCGCGUCCUGCGGCGACGACGCCGUGCCCCGCAGCGCAUCAGCGUCUCCACGUAG